UGCUUCUUUCUUUCUUCUCGCUUUCUCACUCUUCCCCACUGACUGAAACCACAGGAAUCCAAGAAUCUCUCCCUCUCUCUCCACCUCUCAAAUGCAAGACAUAUUUGGAUCAGUCCGCCGAUCACUUGUAUUCCGAACAGCCCCACCAGAAAAUGAUGAAUCACCGUCACCGUCGCCAUCACCAUUGGCUCCAACCACCCUUGUCGACAAGAUCAAUUCUUGCAUUCGCAAAUCCAGAGUCUUUUACAAACCCUCUCCGCCACCGCCACCGAUCCGAUGGCGGAAGGGCGAGUUGAUCGGCUGCGGCGCGUUCGGUCACGUCUACAUGGGCAUGAAUCUUGAUUCCGGAGAGCUACUAGCAGUGAAGCAGGUUUUGAUCCCAGCAAAUAGUGCUUCAAAGGAGAGAGCCCAGGCCCACAUCAGGGAGCUUGAGGAAGAAGUGAAGCUCCUCAAAAACCUCUCUCAUCAAAACAUUGUUAGAUAUUUGGGUACGGUGAGGGAGGAAGAGACUUUGAAUAUUCUGUUGGAAUUUGUGCCUGGUGGUUCUAUCUCUUCGCUUCUGGGGAAAUUUGGGCCUUUCCCUGAGGCUGUUAUAAGAACAUACACAAAGCAGUUGUUAUUAGGACUGGAGUAUUUGCACAAAAAUGGAAUCAUGCACAGGGACAUUAAGGGUGCGAAUAUUCUUGUAGAUAAUAAAGGAUGCAUUAAACUUGCAGAUUUUGGUGCAUCCAAACAGGUUGUUGAGCUGGCUACUGUAUCAGGUGCCAAGUCUAUGAAGGGUACACCAUAUUGGAUGGCUCCUGAAGUCAUUCUCCAGACUGGGCAUAGCUUCACUGCUGAUAUAUGGAGUGUUGGAUGCACUGUAAUUGAGAUGGCCACCGGAAAGCCUCCUUGGAGCCAACAGUACCAAGAGGUUGCUGCUCUCUUCUAUCAUAUAGGAACUGCCAAGUCUAAUCCACCAACCCCUGAACAUCUCUCUGUUGAAGCGAAAGACUUCCUACUUAAAUGUUUGCAACAGAAACCAAAUUUUAGGCCUUCUGCAUCUGAGUUGCUGCAGCAUCCUUUUAUAACUGGCAAACAAGUUGAAUCUCUUCCUCUUCUUUGUACUUCUGUCGUGGAAGGCUCUGAAACCCCUUUGCCGUCAUGUGCCACAAAUUUUGAAACCUCCAUUAACUUUGUUUCCAGUAAAAUGCCAACCUGCCCUGGUCCAACAGAUCUUUGUAAUUUGGAUAGUCUGCACUGCAGAGCUGAAUAUCCUGAGAGGUCCCAAGAAAAUAAACGUAUUUGGGAAGUGAACAACAGUGAUGAUGACAUGUGUCAGAUUGACAAAGAUGAUUUUAUAGUGGGAGAAGUCCAGCCCAGUUCUUCUUUGAUGGCUGUGAACUUUAAGAGUUUCAACCCCAUAUGUGAGCCAUCUGAUGAAUGGGGGUGCAAAUUGGAUGGAAGGCCAGAAUCUGAAAAGAGAGGUACAAGUUUCGACACUGAUGAACGAGUUUCUGAGCCUGCUGGCCACCCUGGAGUUUCUGGUGAUGGGGACAAAGAUUUUUCCUUUCCUUGUGGACAUACACUUUCCGUGGAUGACGAUGAACUUACUGAGUCAAAAAUUAGAGCCUUUUUGGAUGAGAAGGCUCUUGAACUGAAGAAACUCCAAACGCCACUGUAUGAAGAGUUUAAUAACAGUUUGUUAGCUUGCUCUCCAAGUUUUGUGGAGACAACGCGUGGUGAGACUACCCCAAAGUACUUGAAAUUGCCCCCAAAAAGCAGGUCACCAAGUCAAGGCUCAACUGGUGCUCCAUCUCCACCAGUUGAUGCUCUUAACACAGGAAGCCCAGGAAAUAAUAGCAGGUGUGCGUCAAAUAUUGGCAAUGCAAGUGAUCGCAGUACACAGGACGUCCCAUCACCUCCACUUAGUGAUUGGAAAGGGCGUUUAGCUGAAGCUCAGCAAGAGCCAAGUAGCCCAAGUAUGAGCUUUUCGGAGAUACAGAGGAAGUGGAAAGAAGAGCUUGACCAGGAGCUUGAGAGAAAACGAGAGAUUAUGCGCCAAGCAGGUGUGGGAGGGAAAACAUCGUCACCAAAGGAUCGAGCUUUAAAUCGGCCUAGAGAGCGGACAAGGUUUGCAUCUCCAGGAAAAUAAGUUUGUAUCAUUGUUUGUGUUAACUUUCUCAUCAGGAGUUCAACACAAGAGCUGCAGUUUUGGCUGAGUGGUAAACUAACACUUGGUGUUGCCAGUUUGCGAGCUUUUAUGAAUACAGCAAUGACGCAUCUCUCAUACUAUUCAAUUACUGGUCAUACCAUGAAUGCGUCCUUGCAGUAUCGGUGGCCAGCCUAGUGUCUCUGUUAUUGUUAUAUGUAAAGAGCAUUGUUGAAGGUGAGGUUUGGGGGAUAAAUUUCGUCCUUUGUAUUGUUGGUUGGUUGUUGUGGGGAUGAGAGAAUGGAUUCUCUUUUCUGAAGUUCGUCUCAAGUGAAUAGAAAUUGUAAUUUUAAUGUAGAAUACUCAAGUUUAUACACAGAAUAGCCUUAUAUAAAUUGAACAAUG